CGAGUGAAGACGGAACAGCUUCAAUCAACAAAGUUCAUCGUCAUCGCAAUGGCUCCUUCUAAAUCAGUCACUCUGCGUAGUGAGACUGCGGUCUCACUAGUAGACCCAGAUCAGAGUCUGAAAGCUUCCAAGGCGCUGUUGGCGCAUAUGAAAAAAGCUUCGAAGGAGAAGGCCGCCAAUGCAGAGAAGAAAGACCUCCUAGCAGAUCCCGAAGAUGAAGAAGGCUCCAAGGAAACACCUAUCUGGCUUACCCUCACCACGAAGCGCCACAUCUCCGACUCCCGAAGCCUCAAGCCUGGCAAGAUCGUCCUUCCUCACUCUCUGAAUACCGACCCCGAAAUAGGCAUAUGUCUGAUCACCGCCGAACCCCAGCGCCACUACAAGAACCUAGUCGCGUCCGACGACUUCCCAGCCGACCUGCGCAAGCGAGUCACGCGCGUGAUCGACGUCGGAAAGCUGAAAGCCAAGUUCAAGACGUUCGAGGCCCAGCGCAAGCUCUUCGCCGAGCACGACGUGUUCCUAGGCGACACGAGAAUAAUCAACCGGCUGCCGGGCGUCCUCGGAAAGACGUUCUACAAGACGACGGCGAAGCGGCCGAUCCCGGUGGAGAUACAGGCACGCGUGCCAAAGACGGACGGGAAGAGGGUCAAGCGCACGAAGGACGCCAACACGCCGAACGCGUGCACAUCGGCGCAACUAGCGGGCGAGAUCGAGCGCGCCGUGGGCGCCGCCCUCAUCAACCUGUCGCCAACGGUCAACACGGCCGUCCGCGUCGGACACGCCGGCUGGACCGCCGAGCAGAUCGCGGAGAACGUCGACGUCGUGGCGAAGACGCUCGUGGAGAAGUUCGUGCCGGGCAAGUGGAAGAACGUGAAGAGCAUCUACGUCAAGGGCCCCGAGACGGCGGCCCUGCCGAUCUGGCUGACGGACGAGCUGUGGCUGGAGCAGAAGGACGUCGUUGCCGACGGCUCGGACGAGGCUAAGGCCAUUAUUGCGGGCGAGAAGGCGAAUAUUGGGAAGAAACGAAAGUCGCUGGAGGGACAGCCCGAGGAAGCUGAGCCUGUUGCGAAGAAGGCUAAGAAGACGAAGGCUGCUAAGGUUGAUAAGGAUAAGUUGCCCGAGAGCGACGACACGAAGCUGGAUAAGGAGAUUGCGGACAGGAAAGCGGCGCUGAAGAAGCAGAAGAAGGCGGCGAAGAAGGCUCUGGAGGUUUAGGGAUUCUUGUUAGGUCAUCCAUCGUAUGUGCAUAGAUGUGACAACGGGAGUUUGGGGUCUACUAGCAUAGGCUUUGAAGAACAAAUCAACGGCGUACGGCGGGAACAGGUAUAA